AUGGAGAAAUCAACCGAUCCAGGACUUGAGGUGGCUGUGAUGGCAAGUGAGACACUCAAAUCCCAAGAGGAACAGGUUGAUCAAGGCAUUCGAGCUUGGACGGUGGUUGCAGGAGCGUGGUGUUGUCUUUUUUGUAGCUUCGGCUGGGUCAAUGCAAUCGGGGUUUUCCAGGACUAUUACCAAACGCAUCAACUGCAAUCAUAUACUGCCUCUAGUAUCUCAUGGAUUCUAUCUCUGGAACCCUUCAUUCUCUUUGCGGCAGGAAUCGUCAUCGGCAGGUUAUUCGACAACUACGGUCCCAAAUGGCUGCUGCUCACCGGGACAUUUCUCCAUGUUUUUGGGUUGAUGAUGACGUCUAUCUCCAGCGAAUACUAUCAAUUCAUCCUGGCCCAAGGCAUCUGCAGCCCCCUCGGUGCCAGUUUGAUUUUUUACCCUGCACUCUCCUGCACGGCGACCUGGUUUGAUAAGCGACGGGCCCUAGCCUUUGGCAUUGUAUCCAGUGGUUCAUCUUUAGGAGGUGUCAUCUUCCCAACUAUGUUGUCUCGACUUUUGCCCAGGAUCGGGUUCGGAUGGUCAAUCCGAAUUCCUGGGUUUAUAGUGCUUGCGCUUUUGGUCAUUUCCAACUUGACUGUUCGAUCUCGAGUCGCGCCAGUCCUGCGACCAGUCAAGUUGAACGAUUAUAUUGGCCCUUUUGCAGAAUUGCCGUUUGUUCUGUUGAUGCUGGCGGCUUUUUGUGGAUUUUUCGCCAUGUUCGUGCCAAUCAACUAUGUGAUCUUGGAGGCUCAGGAUGAUGGUGUUGAUCGUGAGCUGGCCAGCUAUCUGCUAACAAUACUCAAUGCCGCAAGUCUCCCCGGUCGUAUCCUUCCCGGAUAUCUAGGCGAUAAACUGGGCCGGUUCAACGUCAUGAUCGCCAUGUGUGCACUUUCUGCCAUCGCCAUCCUGGUUCUCUGGCUUCCCGGGACUUUGCUCGCUCCGGGAUCAGCGGCCAUCUACGUUGUGUUUGUCCUGCUGUAUGGGUUUGCCUCGGGGGCAUUUGUCGGCAUGGUCCCGGCUCUUCUCAGCCAGAUUUCGGCCGACGUCACCAAGAUCGGAGUCCGUCAGGGAGUGCUGUUCACCUGUCUCAGCGUCGCAUCUCUCACGGGGAGUCCCAUCGCCGGUGCCAUCCUCAAUCGGCAGCAUGGGACGUACUGGGGACUGCAGGUGUUCGCCGGCGCUAUGAUGGUGGGAAGUGUCUUCUUUUUCACUGCGGCCAGACUGGUGCUUGUCGGUGCUUCUCCAACGGCCAAGGCUUGA